AUGUCCCUUGCCUUGCUUUUUCCCAUCCCUCUCCCUACUUCCCCCCAUCCCCCUCCCUGCUUCCCCCCAUCCCCUUCCCAUGCUCCCCCUAUCCCUUUCCCUGUGUCCUCCCAUCCUCUUCCCUACUUCCCCCCAUCCCUCUCCCUGUUUCCCCCCAUCCCUCUCCCUGCUUCCCCCCAUCCCCCUCCCUGCUUCCCCCCAUCCCCCUCCCUCUUCCCCCCUUCCCGUGCCCUGCUUCCCCCCAUCCCCUUCCCUGCUUCCCCCCAUCCCCCUCCCUGCGUCCCCCUAUCCUCUUCACUCUUUCCCCUUAUCCCAAGCACGGCUUCCCCCCAUCCGUAUUUCUGCUUCCCCCCCCCCCCCUCCCCCCCCCCUUCUCUGCCCUGCUUCCCCCCAUCCCCUUACGUGCUUCCCCCCAUCCCCUUCCCUGCUUCCCCAUGUCCCCUUACCUGCUUCCCCUUGUCCCCUUACCUACUUCCCCCCCUCCCGUUUCCUUCUUCCCCAUGUCCCCUUCCCUUCUUCCCCAUGUCCCCUUCCCUUCUUCCCCAUGUCCCCUUCCCUGCAUCCCUGCAGCAUCUCCUCGCCUGCCACCCCACUUUGCUCAACCCCGACAUUUCACGCCCUGAUGUCCCCCUCCCGCCACAGUCCAUUCAGGCCAAUGCACUCCCCCCACCUCCUUCUAUCUGCAUCCCCUCACAUCCCCCUCCCCAUCCCCCUCCCCACCACCAGGCGCGCGCUCUGCUAGCAUGCCAUCGGUCGCCGCGCUAUCACCCUCACGAGCGGCGGGAACCGAACGUGACAACCCCUCCUUGCUCCCCCUCUCCCCGCCCGCAUUCCUCCCCCUCCUGCAUCCUUCGUUCCCACCCGCCUCCCUCCUUGCACGCCUGCCUCUUUCUUUCCCCACCUGCCUCUUUCUUUCCCCACCUGCCUCUUUCUUUCCCCACCAGCCUCUUUCUUUCCCCACCAACAAGGUCUUAG